CGCAAUGGCCGCCCGUGAAAAAACUAGAGAUGAAUUGGAUAUGAAAACUUUGCGUGAAUUGGCUGCUUUACCAGCUAACAAAUAUUGUUUUGAUUGCGGGCAAAGAGGACCUACUUAUGUUAACGUUACUAUUGGUGCUUUUGUUUGUUCCUCUUGCGGUGGUCUUUUAAGAGGUUUAAAUCCUCCACAUCGUGUUAAAUCCCUGACCGUAUGUUCGUUCACAGAAGUUGAAAUGGAUCGAAUCAAAAGUCGAGGAAAUGAGUAUUGUCACCACAUUUGGUUAGGAAAAUAUGAUCCAAAAUGUUUUGAAUCUGAUGUUUCAAGCCCUGAAAAGAGAAAGCAAUUCAUGAUCCAGAAAUAUGAGGACAAGAAAUAUUAUGUUGAUCCACGUGAAGCUAUUAAGAAGAUGAAACCACGUGCUCCUGCUGUUCCAUCAAAUAACUCUGUUACUCAAUCCAAAAGUCACACUGUCAUUCCUAAUCGACAAGCAUUAGAGUUGCAGAAAUCUGGAGGUCUGCCUCAAGCAUUGUCUUCUGGAAAUAUUGCAGUCAACUCUUCUCCAGAUUUAUUUAAAGAUUUUGGGGAUCCUUUCAAGGAAAGCAAGCAAGAUAACAGUGGUGCUUCUUUUGCCGAUUUUAGUAGUGCCUUUGGUGAUGAUAAUUCAAAUGCAUCCGCAGCUAUAUCCGGCCAGAUCAACACCAGCUCUACUGUCAGUUCCUCAUCACCUGUCAUCUCAAGUUCAGGACUUCAAAGUGUCAGCAGCCACAAAAAACCAGCCCCACCUCCUCCGGAUCGCUAUGCGGCACUGGCUGACCUAGAUAACCAGCUGCAUCAGCAGCAAACUCCUGACAUUCCUAAUACUAUUCCAUCCGCUAUUGUUACGUCCGCAGCUUCAGUCUUUUGGCCCACUGUCACUCCUGCCAUAAGUGCUGGUGUGUUUGCUCCUGUUGCACCAAAUCCUUUUGGCCACACUGCAACAACUUGGUCUCAGCCUGCGCUGACUUGUGCGCCUAAUCCGUUUCAGGCACAACCUGCUUCUGGAAAUGUUAUAGUCUUGCAGAAUCAAAAUGCCAAUGGCUUGCCAACUGCCAUUGGUACUAAUCCGAGCUUAUCUAAUGGGGGUGUUUCUGCUGCAUGCUGGCCUGGAUCAUCAAGUCAAAUCUGGGGUAGUUCAUUUACAAAUGGCCAGUCAGUUCAGAAUAAAAGUGCUGUUGUGGGCGAUGGAUAUAAUCCAUGGGGCCAGUCUUUUGCAACAAGUAGUGCCAAUCCAUUUUUGGGUGGCUCCUUUGCAUCCAAUCCUCCUGGUGAUGCAUCUAGAACAAAUUCUGGAAAGAAUCCUUUUCUAUGAUGCUUGAUGAUCGUGAUGGUUUCCUCUCUCUUGUUACAACUGUGUGAUCGCUCAACAUUUGUGAUGCUCGUUGCUGCGACUUUUGCCAUAAUCUGAUUUCUUAGAAUUUUACACCUGAAGUAUUUUAUAUUAAGUUUAAACAAGUAAAAAGUUUCUUAUGAGAUGUUAAAGUUUUUAAAGCAACUUGUUGGAAAGCAUUUUAAGCACUUAAUGUGAAUUCUUCCAUUUAAUUGCGAACAGAUAUUUUAUUAUUUACAAAAGGUUGCAACAUCUUUUAUUCUAGUAUCAAAAUCUGUUUGUAUUAAAUUCAAAUGUAUGUUUUUAGAAUGUUCGAUGAUUGUUUGUAUUAUUGUUCUGGUUUUUACUCUCAAGGUUUUGUAAAAAACUUUGUAUUUUGCAACAUAUUUAAUGUUUUUAUGGUGUUUUUGUUUGAAAGCCAUGAUUUGAAUAGUUCCUUUGCAUGUUUGAAUUAAAUAAUGAAGAUUUGAUUCAUGGUGAGAGACUUGGUUAUAUGCAC